AUGAUAGAUUUUAAAACGUACUCUAGUUGUCAGGACACACUGGUGGAUUGGUGUAGGGGGGAAGGUUUAGAAGUACAGCAUGCUAUUCUCUUGGUAGGGGUCCCAGAGGAUCUUGCCAUCGGUCAAAUUGAGGAGGUUAUGCAUUCGGUGCGUUGCUGGGGCCGAGUGCGGGUAAGGGGCCGGUCAUUUAAUAAGGAGACACAAAGUUUAAUGGUACUUUGUGAAUGCAGAGAGGUCAUUGAUAUUGAUCGUGUACCACCAAAGGUAAUUCCACCAGACGGGUUUGAGCCUUGGAUAGUGGUAUGUGCUAUGGCAAUGGCCAAAGCUCCUGAUGAUUUUACCCAGAAACUAAAUAAACUGCUCCAAGAUGAGGGUAGAACCCUGGAAGACCUCCAGUGUUUGUACAAACCUGUUAGUUCACAACAGGACACAUCUGACCCUGCUCUACAUAAGCUGACUGAAUUGUUGAAUCAGACUAGAGGUAUCCAGAUUGAGGGGCACAGUUUUCGCAGGCUGAGAACAUUCUCAGGGAUUGUUCCCACACUUCUAAGGGAGGAAACAUUAGAUCUUUGGUUAGAACACGCUUAUAUGAUGAUAGAAGAAAGUAAAUGUUCUGAGCGAGAAAAGCGGAGGCGGAUAAUGGAAAGUUUAAAGGGUCCCGCACUUGAAAUAGUAAAGGCUGUGAAGUGUAGUAACCCCACUGCCAGCCCUGACGAUUAUCUCAAUGCCCUUAAUAGUGCGUUUGGUACUACUGAGUCUGGGGAGGACCUAUAUUUCGCCUUUAGACUUUUGCAACAAAGUCCAGGUGAAAAGUUGUCUGACUUUCUAAGGCGUUUAGAACAAGCUCUGACUAAAGUAGUAAAAAAGGGGGGUCUUCCAGCCACAGGUAGGGACAGAGCCCGUGUUGACCAGCUUUUGAGAGGGGCAGUGAAUUCAGAUCUAAUGCUAGUACAACUUAGACUACGUGAGCGAAGACAGAGCCCACCCAGUUUUUUAGACUUACUUAGUGAGAUAUGCAUUGAGGAAGACAAUCUCGGCAGAAAGUUAAUGCCACAGUGCAUCAGGUACAGGCUAGGGGAAAGGUUGAGACUAAGGACCCAGAGGUUCAAUGUUUGA